CGCUCGAUCCGCCUCUCCGGCCGCGUCCCGCCACUCCCAGAGCCUGGGACCCGGAUUUCUGCAAUUCUCGGAGAGCCCCAACCCUGAGAAGUCUGCGGGCUUUUCAGAGGCUGGGAAUGGAGCCUCAUCCCGCAGACCUUAUCAAACCGUCUUGGCCCAAGACCAGGCCAGACGGAGGACUGGUGCCCAGUGACCUUGGAGAGGCCGGCGCCUGCCGUGGGCCCGCCAGCGCCUCCAACCCCCGGGAGGCCGUCUGAGAUCCGCGAUCCGCCGCCAGGCGCUGGCCCGCAGGGGUUUACGUCCCCGCCGUGUCCCCACCCCUGCUCAGAAAACCUCUUCACGCGCCUCUCCACACCCCCCAGACCCCCCGCUCCCGGAGGAGCCUUUCUGGAAACGUUUCCCUGCCUUGCGGUGAUCUUUUGUUUCCCUUGCUUUUCAUCCAGAUUAUUGGUCAGCGUUUUUCUGACCUGUCUCCUCUCUGGAAUGGGGCCCAGCGGAGUCACAAGGGCAAAUUAUAAAAUCCUGCGCCAGGGCUCACUUCGUUCAGCCCUCGUCGGAUGCGUGGAGCCCCCCUUCCAGCAGUCCAACCAGAGUGCUUGCCUUUCUUCGUCAGCUUCUCCACGUCCCGGGGCAGCUGCUUCUGCAUCUGGGCUUCUCUCUCCGGUUUACCCUACACUGAACCCCGUGGUGUAUCGCGGGUGUAGCUUUGCCGUGUUGGCCUGAGAAGGCGCCCACCCUGGGGUCUUUGGAUAGAACCGCGGCGGCCCUUCCCGGUGGACAGCCGCCCCUCCGUGUGCUGAUCAGUCCGCUCGCUCCCACUGACUUGUCCAAAGCCCGGCCUCAGGCCCUCUCUUUUGUUCCUGGGCCAGUUUAUCCUAAAGCAGGGAGCCCGGAACAGAGCCCAGCACCCCAGGAAAGUGCAUUUCUGCAGAUAUUUUCUUUUGCUCUUCUCUGGAGCCCUGCCUGCCCUCCUGUCUUCUUUCCUUUAAUCAGACCCUGGGAAGUGGCCAGGCAGGAUCGCGCUCUGGUUACCCCAAGGUCUUGAGCAGUUUGCAUUGGCUCUAACCCUUGCUGCAGAGUUACAGAAUCUCCUCCCUUGAAUGAAGGCACGGCUAGCCUCCUGCCUACCAACCCUUGUUCUGGUUUGUGAGACACUGGGCCUUCUUUGCUUAUUCCCUGUAGCUGGCUUUUGCAGUUACCCCAAUUUCAUUUCUGUGACAUGUUCCCCUACACGAGGUUCUGGCUUAUCCCCAUCGUCCCAGCAUAAUUAUCUUUUUUUUUUUUCCUGCAUGGGGUCUUCAUUGCUGCAUGUGGGCUUUUUCUAGUUGUGGCGAGUGAGGGCUACUCUUCCUUGCAGUGCGUGGGCUCCUUGGUGUGGUGACUUCUCUUGUUGUGGAGCAUGGGCUCUAGGCGCCUGGGCUCUAGGGCACACAGGCUUAGUUGCUCUGUGGCAUGUGGGAUCUUCCCAGACCAGGGAUUGAACCUGUGUCCUGGAUUCUUAACCACUGUGCCAUCAGGGAAGUCCAAUUAUCAAUAUUAAUAACAUCCACUUUCACUUCCAAAAGAUUCAUGAUUUGGACAAUUCAGCUUGUCUCUGUCUCUGUAAGCUGGAUGCACUCAUAUUUGUAGGCUUAGGAGUGGCACAGGGCAGCCCGUGUAGGACUCGCUCUGGUUUCCACAGCCUAGGAAACCAGAAUUCCUUCAGGUCAAUACUAGCUCAUUCCCUUUCUCAUAGGUGCAAGGCUUCGGGUGGCUUUGUCCCCAGAGGGCAGGGCUUCCCCUCUGGCCCUGCUACAGAAAUAAGUCCAAGCUGGUGCUGAGAGCUAUGUCUAGUCAAAUUCAUCCUUAGAGGUGUUGUGGAGAUUUAUAAUCAGAAUUUACAGCCAUGAUCUGGAGAAAGGUGUUCAGAGUUUAAGCCCAGCUCCUUGACAUGAUGCUUGGCUCCUGGGAACCUAAUUGAUGUGAAGUGUGACCGGAGUUAGGCCUGGGGUGCCCUUGGACCCUUAUCCCCCUCCAUGCCAAUCAGAGUUCUGCAUCCACACACGACCAGGUAGCCAAGGCCAGAUGCUAUUAAGAGUAAGCACUUCUAACUAUUCUUCGAUGAUCAGGCUGAGAGGUAGGGCACUGGUUUUCACCUGGGAUGACCGUCCUAGUUUGCCUGGGACUGAGGGGUUUCCUGGGACUUUGGACUUUCAGGUUUAAAACUAGGAAAGUCCUAGGCCAGCUGGGAUUAGUUGGCCACCCUGUUCUUAAUCCUUGCUGUACAUUAGACUCACCCAAGGAGCCUCAUGUAGAGAUUUCAAUUUAAGCGAUCCAGGUAGGGUCCCAGGUAGGGGUAUUUUUUUAAACACUCCCAAGUUGAUUACAACAAACUACCAGAGUGGAGAACCAUUAGGUUUUUGGCAGCAUUGCUAAAAAUCCAUUGAAGGUGAUUAUUUUUUGAGCAGAAGUAGAUACAGACAUCUCUCAAAAGGGCAUAUAAUCACGUGUGUGGCCCUCUCCUUAUUGAGGGGUGUCAAAAUGGCAGUUGCCUUAUUAUUGUUAUUCUUUCUCCCCAUCCCAAGGACUUCUGUCUCAUCAGAGGACCAAGCGUUCUCCUUUUCCGGCAUGCUCCAGGACCUCCUCUCCUGAGGCAGUAGGCCUCCGGGAUCAUGUGGUAUGUCAGCACUCGGGGGAUGGCCCCACGAGUUGACUUUGAAGGGGCCCUGUUCUCCGGCUACGCUCCGGAUGGGGGCCUCUAUAUGCCCGAGGAGCUCCCGCAGCUGGGCAGAGAGACCCUGUGUCAGUGGAGUGUGCUCUCCUACCCCGGCCUGGUGAAGGAGCUGUGUAGCCUCUUUGUUGGCCCUGAGCUCAUUCCAAGAGAUGACUUAAAUGGUCUGAUCGACCGAGCCUUCAGCAGAUUCCGACACAAAGAGGUGGUCCAUCUGUCCAGGUUGAGGGACGGGCUGAACGUGCUGGAGCUGUGGCACGGGCCCACCUAUGCAUUUAAGGACCUGUCCCUGUGCUGCACAGCGCAGUUCCUGCAGUACUUCCUGGAGAAGCAGAAGAAGCACGUCACUGUGGUUGUAGGGACUUCUGGGGACACAGGGAGUGCUGCCAUUGAGAGUGUUCAGGGGGUGAAGAACGUGGACAUCAUCGUUCUGCUGCCCAAGGGUCGCUGCACAAAGAUUCAGGAGCUGCAGAUGACGACAGUGCUGCGGGAGAAUGUGCGUGUGUUUGGAGUGGAGGGGAACAGUGAUGAGCUGGAUGAGCCCAUCAAGGCUGUGUUUGCCGACGUGGCCUUUGUCAAGAAGCACAAUCUGAUGAGUCUGAAUUCAAUCAACUGGUCCCGGGUCCUCGUGCAAAUGGCCCACCACUUCUUCGCUUACUUCCGGUGUGCACCGGCCUUAGACACGCACCCCCUGCCCCCUGUGGAGGUGGUUGUACCAACGGGGGCUGCCGGCAACCUUGCAGCUGGAUGCAUCGCUCAGAGGAUGGGCCUGCCCACCCACCUGGUCGUGGCAGUGAACUACAAUGACAUCAUCCGCAGGACCGUCCAGCGGGGAGACUUCUCUAUAUCUGAGGCCAUCAAACCAACCUUGGCAUCAGCUAUGGACAUUCAGGUGCCCUACAACAUGGAGAGGAUCUUCUGGCUGCUCUCCAGGUCCAACAGCCAGGUGACAAGAGCCCUCAUGGAGCAGUUUGAAAGGACCCAAAGUGUGAGUCUACCCAAGGAGCUGCACAGCAAGCUUUCAGAGGCAGUAACGUCUGAAUCAGUAUCAGACGAGGCCAUCACCCAGACCAUGGGCCGCUGCUGGGAAGAGAACCGGUACUUGCUGUGCCCUCACUCGGCUGUGGCCGUGAGCUACCACUACCAGCAGGUGGACAGGAAGCAGCCCAGCCCUCCCCGCUGUUGUCUGGCUCCAGCCUCUGCGGCCAAGUUCCCGGAGGCCGUGCUGGCUGCCGGGCUGACCCCGGAGACUCCUGCGGAGAUCGUCGCCCUGGAGCGCAAGGAGGCGCGCUGCACCGCGAUGCGCAAGGGUGACGACUGGACGCGGAUGCUGCGGGACGCAGUUGAGGACGUGAGCCGGCAGCGUGGGGGGCGCUUCCUCAACGCCCCGGAAUAGCCCGGCUGGAGCUGGCUUCCUUUAGGCUUCAGACCCUGGGAGAUGUCCCCUUUGAGCUGCCUUGUGCAACUUUUCUCCAUUAAGAGUCGGUGCAGGAGGUUGUCAGGGGGCUGCUCAGCUGGGGCUGGAGCCAGCCGGCUGUGCUGUUCCCUGGCUGCUCCUGGCUCUCCCUGCCGGCCACUGGCCAUAUCGGGCCUGGUCACCGGGGAGGUGGGGAGGGGGUGGUGCAUGAUUGCAGGAGGUGCAGCCCCUCCUGCCGGACAGUGCAGGAGCAUCGCUGCUGCCUGUGAAUGUUUCAGGGCCUGCAGAUGAAAAAUCUUGGGCUCAGGGGCAACCUCGGCUCCAGGAUUUUGAAUCCCAGACCCUAACACCUGGGCAGGUGGAGGCCGCUUACUCCAUUAGCACAAGUCUGACUCUGAGCCUUAGUUUAUCUGGUCCCCAAGUUAGAUCCAGAGGUCUUGGCCUGUCUCAUCGGAGGCUUCCACCCUAUCAAAUGUUGGGCAUCCCUGGAAUAAAAGUGCACGUUCAGUGUAAUGAUGACUCUUUGUGGCCUGUGGGCAGAGCACGGUGGCUGCCGGGUGAUGACGGUGGUGCCGUGGUGUCCUGCAUCCAUCUGCUGCCCCAGGUUGGCAGCGGGGGAGGUGGCACAGGAGUUGGAGCUUGGGAAUCACCAGAUCUAGGCCAUGUAGGAAAGCAUGGGCCUCAAACUGACUCUGGCUGCCCUGUUGCUCAUGUACCAAGUUCACUGUCUUUAUUAAACCAAGUCAUGGUCACAGCACCGAGAAGCAGUGAUCCCUUUUUAAACACUAAAUAAAGUCCAAAUGCCUACAUUUCCACAGGUACCUCCAUAAUCAUGCUGCCCCAGAGAAGUCAAAUUAUUCUUUCCACUGAAGACACAACUCACGCUCUCCCCUCUCCACGCCUUUGACCCUACACUUGCCUCUAGGAGACUGUCCUUCUUGAAUGAGGCCACAAGUCCCAUUUCACAGGCUCUUUGUCUUGGUUCCUGUUACUUGUUUACUGUGUCUUGUUUACUUAUCAGCCCAGUUGGAAAUAAGGACUCCUGGUUCUGAACUCUGGUAGAACUUCAAUGGUAGCUUUCUUAAGGUGUGUAUUCACUUCUUCCCGGUUUUAUGGUUAUCCACUUGAGACAUUAUCUCCGCAUCUCUAUGCUCCUUGAAGAUAGGAACCAUCGUUUAACACAAGGGCUAAAACUUUUUGGAUUUGCCCCUAUUGAUUAAAAAACUUAAUAUGUUCUCCCAACACAUGUACACUAAAUUAUGUAUAAACCAAACAAACCAGGUGCUAACAUAGACAUGAGGGGACAAUAACAGCACCCAGAUUUCUCUUUCCUCCCCGUUCUCCAGUGGAUUGCUUGUGGGCCUGUCUUUGGCAGUCGUGGUUGAGCACAGUGCCUGGUACAUUCAGAACCAGCAGGAAGCAGGGGCAGAGCUCCCCUGGGACUGCAUAUCUGCCAGAUACUGUGCAAUGACUCCAAGUGUGGUCCUGGGGUUUAUCCGAAAUGCAUACUCCUGGCCCCCACCCCAGGCUUUCAGAGGCAAAUCUGGGAGCAUGGGUGGGGCAUCUUCAGUUCUUAUAAAUUCCCCAAGUAAGUUUCUGCCCUCUAAUUUGGGAAACCCUGGCCAGGGACUUUAGGUUUAUGAAUAAGUCUCUCCCACAUGGAGACAGACUUUGUUUUCACAAGGGCAGGCUUUCUUCCUGCUACUGUCUUUAUGAUUGAGGCUGCACUGUCCAAUUCAGGAGCCACUAGCCAUAUGUGACUGUGGAGCCCUUGCAAUGUGAGUAGUCUGACUAAGGAACUGAUUUUAAAUUUCAUUUGUUUAAUUAAUUUACAUGUAAAUUUCAGAGCUGUUACUUGAUUCAGUUAUUGGAAAACGUUUAGGUAUGAUUGGAAAAAUGCAGGUGUGUGAAUCUGCUUUUUCAGCUGUAAAAUUUAUGAAGUACAUAAAAUACAGAUAGGUAUUUCCAAUGAAACUUCAAUGUUCUGAUUGACACGUGCCACAAAUGUAAACUACAUAUUGGAUUUCAAAGACUGCCAAUGAAAAAAAUCUAAAAUAGCUCAGUAAAUUUAUAUGGAUGACCUGUUGAAAGGAUAAUAUUUUGAUGU